UUUUGUUUUUUUUAUCUUUUAUUUUUUGCUAAUUAAAAUUAUUUCUGUUGGCAGGGAAUGAGUGUGUGUUUGCAAGAGAGAAAAGAAGCAGAAGCAUAUUAAAAGUGAGGAAAGUCGGCAAACAUAAAAGUAUUCGCAUAGAUAUCACGUGAGCAUUACGUGAGCAAGAGAAGCAAUACGAUUUUAUUUUUUAUUUUUCAUAUUAACAAUAAUAAAACACAACAUUCAAUAUUGAAAACAAAACGAGCAAUCUCGAGCGCAAGACGAAUUCGAAUUCGCAUUGGAAACUUCGCGUACGUAAAAUGAAUAAUUUAACAGACACUCCGGUACCGGAUCCCGGUUCUGGCGGGGAUAAAAAGGAAUCUAAACAAUCGAGCGCAUUAAAAAAAACUAGCCGCUACCGCAGUCGUUCGCUGUCAGCAUCGUCGACAGACUCGUUCUCGUCCGCUUCGUAUACAGGGAGCAGUUCUGACGACGGUGACGAUGUACCUCCACGCGAGAAGGUUCAAAAAAACUCGAAAGGAAAUGCCGAUUUUUGCGUGCGUAAUAUAAACCAGCAAGGCUUUGGUAGGCGAGAAAUUGAGAUAGCUGAACAAGAAAUGCCCGGCAUUAUGGCAUUACGAAAGCGUGCCGCUGACGAUAAGCCUUUGAAGGAUGCGAAAAUUGUCGGCUGCACCCAUAUUAAUGCCCAAACGGCCGUUCUUAUUGAGACUUUGGUUGAGCUGGGCGCUUCUGUUCGUUGGGCUGCUUGUAAUAUUUAUUCAACUCAGAAUGAAGUAGCAGCCGCUUUGGCCGAAUUAGACAUUCCAAUUUUUGCGUGGCGCGGAGAAACCGAAGAGGAUUUCUGGUGGUGUAUUGAUCGUUGCGUCAAUGCCGAAAACUGGCAGCCCAAUAUGAUUCUUGAUGAUGGAGGUGAUGCCACGCAUUUAAUGCUUAAAAAAUAUCCGACCAUGUUUAAAUUGGUAAAGGGCAUUGUGGAAGAGAGCGUUACCGGUGUACAUCGUCUCUAUCAGCUGUCGAAAGCUGGCAAAUUAACGGUACCAGCAAUGAAUGUUAACGACUCGGUGACAAAAACGAAAUUCGAUAAUCUUUAUAGUUGCAAGGAAUCAAUUUUGGACAGCUUAAAACGUUCAACGGACGUAAUGUUUGGCGGUAAACAAGUGGUCGUAUGCGGUUACGGUGACGUUGGCAAGGGCUGUGCACAAGCGUUAAAAGGACAAGGUUGCAUUGUUUAUAUAACAGAAAUUGAUCCAAUUUGCGCUUUGCAAGCCAGUAUGGAUGGCUUUCGUGUCGUAAAACUAAACGAGGUCAUCCGCAAUGUGGACAUAGUAGUUACGGCCACCGGCAAUAAGAAUGUCGUAGUGCGCGAGCAUAUGGAUAAAAUGAAAAGUGGAUGCAUUGUUUGCAAUAUGGGUCAUUCAAAUACGGAGAUUGAUGUGAAUAGUUUACGAACACCCGAUUUAACUUGGGAGAAGGUACGUUCCCAAGUCGACCACAUCAUUUGGCCAGAGGGCAAAUAUAUUAUUUUGCUUGCCGAGGGUCGUUUGGUGAAUUUGUCUUGCUCCAGCAUACCUUCGUUUGCUGUGUCAAUUACUUCUGCCACUCAGGCCUUGGCUCUGAUUGAGCUCUUCAAUGCACCUCCCGGCCGCUACAAAUCCGACGUUUAUUUAUUACCCAAAAAAAUGGACGAAUACGUAGCCAGCUUACAUUUACCCACAUUCGACGCUCACCUUACUGAGCUGACCGAUGAGCAGGCCAAGUAUAUGGGUCUCAAUAAAGCUGGACCAUUUAAGCCCAAUUACUAUCGCUAUUAAACGAUAAGAGUAAGAGCCAACCGAUAUUAGUGUUGACAAAUUUUGUUAAGAGCAGCUGCGCACACUCAAAAAGCACGUAAUAUAUAUAUAUAUGUAUAUUAUAUUAUAUAUAUAUAUAUAUAUUAUUAAUUUUUUUUUUUUUUUUUUUUUUUUUUGUUCUUUAUAUUUUUGACAACAAAUACAAAACAGCAAUGCUGAUUACGAAAUAUGAAAUUCGUAGCAGCACCUGAAAUAAUAUCCAGGAAUGCAAAUAACUUAUAUACAUAAGGAGAAAUUCCACGAGAAACUUCAACAUAAAAGUGCUUAUUUUUUAAUGCCAUUCGAAAUUAUUGUGAAAAAAAAACAUUUUUAGAAUGAUAAGUAUAUCGAAAAAGUGACAGUCCGCCCAAGUGGCGCUUAUUGACGAAUAAACGAACUCUAUGUAGAUUUAUAAUCAUUUGACUAACAAAUAAUUAAUGAUAAUGAAGAUAAAAUUAAGCAGAAUUCAAUUUGGAACUCUUUGCUGCGCUAAUUGAAUUUACUAUUUUUUUUUAAAUCUUACAAACAAAAAC